CACACAGAAUAUCAUCAUCAGCAAGGUCAUGACUAGCUUCAGCAAGAAGAACGCAGCCUUUGCCAUUUUGAUUGGUUUGCUGCUACUCUUGGGCACGAGUGAAGCUCAAAGCAACCAGGAUUGCUGCCUUUCUUACAACAAGAAGCCUCUGCGUCGAUCGACUGUUGUAGGAUUCACAGAACAAUUUUCCAGUGAAGUCUGUGACAUCAAUGCUGUCAUUUUCCACACUAGGAAAGGCUACAAGGCUUGUGCAAACCCUAAAGACCAUUGGGUGAAGGACCGCGUCCGCUGGCUGAGUGAAAAACUCAAGAAGAUGGCAUAGUCUCAUCAUGUCUGAAAUGAAGCUAGAAGUGGAUGCAGAGCCAGGACAAAGAACUUAAAAUACGUUGGAAUUCUUUCUCUGUACACUUUUGAGUAUUUGCUGGCCGCUAAUCCCUGGAUUCUCUGGGAGCUCAAAACUGCAUUUGUACUGUUUGAAUUAAGCAUCCAAUACAAGUUGCUUUGUUAAUUUAUAUCAGUUUACAUUUUGUGACUAAUUGGUAAAUACUGAAUUGCAUUAUUUACAACAUGUGUCUUAUUGCUUAUAGUGCACAUUUGUUCUGUUGCAUGAGGCACAUGGGAUCAGCAUUUGCUGUAAACUAUUACUUUUACAGUAGAUUUGCAAUACCUUUGCAUAUUAUUAUCACUGGAUUGAGA